UCAGCAUCUCUCAUUUGUCUUUGGGUCUUGCUGCAUCACCACUGUCUGACUGCAUGAAAGCACCAUGGCAGAAAUGGGUAUGAGGGCAUUGCAUGUAAGAGGAGUGGGAUGGAAGGAUGUUCAAAUGCCUUCGUGGGAGGAGUUGACAAGUGAGCAAUUGAGAUUCGUGCUCUCCUUGCCUGCAGGCACGUUGAAGGUCUACUACACCAAGAACUAUACAUCCAAAUCACCCUAUGAAUUACUGAAGUUGUUUAAAACCAAGAAUGCCAAGGAAUUGUUGACAACCCCUUUGCAACUAUGGAUUUGGAUAGAUCAACUCUUUGGGGAUCCCUGAAACAGAAAACCAGGCCUUUGUUACAAAACUUCAACAUAAAGAGGACAAGGAAAAGCUCUAGAAAAAUGGUGGAUGGAAGGCAAAGGCAGUCAUUUGACCGAUGCCUCAGCUUAUCAGUGCCUGACCUACUGGAGAGUGGGUCUGUCGCAGAAGAAUCUACUUAUACAGAUUCCCAGGCCUUGCCCACCUAUAUCCCCAGCAUUCUUUCCAGCUCAGUUGUGUCUCUCAAGAGCAGCAGCACUUUGAAAUGGACAGGGGAGGACCGGCAAUGGAGAGAGCAGGGAUCUGUGCGCACAGAGAUCAACACAACAGAAACGGAAGUAAUACGCGUAUCAGAACCCAGGCGCAAAUCCAGCAUUGACUUCUUUGCGUUGCUACAGAGAGCACAUCUGAGUGGUGAUCUGACAGAUGCAAUCACUGAGCAUCCAUGUGGAGGGCUAGAUCUGGACUCUUCAAUGUCCUCUCAACUUUUUGAUGAACAAAUUGCUCUUGAGGAAGGAAAUGACAGUUUAAGCAGCUUACCCAGCUCCUUUACUUACCUACUGACAAUACACCUGAAACAAGGCCGAAACCUGGUUAUUAGGGACCGCUGUGGUUCAAGUGAUCCAUAUGUGAAAUUUAAAUUGAAUGGAAAAACUCUAUACAAAAGUAAGGUCAUCUCUAAAAACCUAAAUCCAGUCUGGGAUGAAACUGUUGUGUUGCCAAUACAGACUCUUGAUCAAAAGCUCCGGAUCAAGGUAUAUGAUCGAGACUUAACUUCCUCUGACUUCAUGGGAUCUGCAUUUGUGGUGCUUACACACCUUGAGCUCAACAGAACUACUGAACAGAUUUUGAAAUUGGAAGAUCCGAACAGUUUAGAAGACGACAUGGGAGAGAUUGUGUUAAACUUGAGUCUAACAGUCAAGCACGGAGACUUCAAGAGAACUAAGUGGUCAAAUCGGAAGAAACGAACUUCAUCCAAGACAAGUUUUACACGAAAUAUGCGACUGUCUGAUUCCAUCAUGCAAAGGAACGAGCUAUGGAAUGGGAUUGUGACUAUCACUUUAUUAGAAGGGAAGAAUAUCCCAGGAAGGGGCAUGACACAGAUUUUUGUCUUGUUGAAACUAGGAGAUCAAAAAUAUAAGAGUAAGACACUGUGUAAGAGUGCAAAUCCUCAGUGGAGGGAACAGUUUGAUUUUCACUACUUCCCUGACAGGAAGGAUAUGUUGGACAUUGAGAUUUGGGGAAAGGAUAACAAAAAGCAUGAGGAGCUUUUGGAAAUGUGUAAAGUGGAUAUUACUGCACUACCUACCAAGCAAACUCAUAUUUUAGAAGUGCCGAUGGAGAAGCAUCUGGGGUCUCUGCUAAUGCUAAUUGCUGUUACCCCCUGUUCAGGGGUUGCUAUCUUUGAUCUGCGUGCCUGCCCCUUGGGAGACCCCAAUGAAAGGAAACAGAUUUCCCAGCGCUAUUGUAUAAAGAACUCCCUUCAAGACAUGAAGGACAUAGGCUUCUUACAGGUCAAAGUUUUAAAGGCAGUAGACCUAUUGGCAGCAGAUUUUUCAGGUAAAAGUGACCCUUUCUGUGUGUUAGAGUUGGGAAACGACAGACUUGAGACCCAUACAGUUUACAAAAACCUCAAUCCGGAGUGGAACACAGUUUUUACCUUCCCUGUUAAGGAUAUCCAUGAUAUACUUGAAGUGACAGUGUUUGAUGAAGAUGGAGAUAAACCCCCUGAUUUUCUUGGAAAAGUUGCUAUUCCUUUGCUCUCCAUUAGAAAUGGACAGCAAUGUUCUUAUUCACUGAAGAAUAAAGACCUUGAACUUGCUUCAAAAGGAGUAAUUUACUUGGAGUUGGAAGUCCUAUUUAAUCCAGUAAAAGCAAGUAUUAGAACCUUCAAGCCACGAGAAAAGCCCUUUGUUGGAGACAACCGGAAGUUUUCAAAGAAGAUCUUAUCGAGAAAUAUUGAUCGUGUGAAAAAAAUCACCAUGGCAAUAUGGAACACAAUACAAUUCCUAAGGAGCUGCUUUCUCUGGGAAUCUACACUAAGGAGCAUGGUAGCAUUUGUGGUAUUUGUGGUCACUGUUUGGCACAUAGAGCUGUACAUGGUGCCCCUGGCUUUGUUGCUGCUCUUUGCUUACAACUGUUCCCUGAUCACAACCGGGAAGGUCAGCAGUGCCCAAGACACCCAGGAGACCACUUACCUAGAUGAAGAUGAAGAGGAGGAUGACAAGGAAUCCGAGAAAAAGGGAUUAAUUGAAAGAAUCCACAUGGUCCAGGAUAUUGUUAUAACAGUUCAAAACAUUUUAGAAGAAAUAGCAUCAUUUGGAGAGAGAAUUAAAAACACAUUGAACUGGACAGUGCCUUUCCUCUCAGUCCUGGCCUGCUUGGUACUGACCGCAGCGACCAUUAUUUUAUAUUUCAUACCAUUGAGGUACAUUGUUUUAAUCUGGGGCAUUAAUAAAUUUACUAAGAAGCUUAGAAAUCCCUAUUCCAUAGACAAUAAUGAGUUACUGGAUUUCCUCUCCAGAGUACCAUCUGAUGUUCAAAAAGUGCAGCAUGCUGAAUUGAAACCAUACAGCAACUCCAGUUCCCUCAGGAAGAAAUGGAGUGCUCUAUAGGAUGCAGACAGAUUUUGGAAUGCAACAUCCCCCUCCAUACACUCACAUGGAAACACAAAUUUUUUUCUCCCCACACCCUUUUUUCAGUUAAGAUCAACAUUCUUAUAAUAGCCAUGGGCCCAGGAUGGUUCUUCUGGAAAACAUCUAUUUUCUGAUGUACACCUAUCCUGAAAAGGCUUUCCUUUUGGCACAGGGGUCUAGCCCAACCAGAGCCAAGUGGAAUGCAUGGACAAAUGAGUGGGUAGAGAAGAGCACAAAUGUGUGUUUACUUCAGUUAUUAGGGUAAGACUGAACAUUGCAGCUCUUCCUCUUUGUAUGUAGCAAGAUAUAAUUCUGCUUCACAUAGCAGAUCAGUGAAGCUGAUGUGAGGAGAUGCUCUGAUUUCAUUUUUAACAUAUCCAAAAGAUUUACUUUACAAUAUGACAGCUAUUCUUGUCUGUUAAAUCACAGCAUGUAGAAGCGUUUAAACUCUGAAUUAACAAGUCUGAUACCCUGCUUCUGUUCAAGCAGUGUCUAUUUUGAAAAGUUUUUUUAUUAUAAUUACCAGAAACAGUUAGAAGCUCCCAUAGUAUCUCAACACUUCAUCUAGCACUUAUUUUUUUUAAAACUGCUAUUAAAUCCUUGAUGCCAGAAUUGUCUGGCAUAAGGUCCAUUGCUGGCAAUGGAAAAACCAAGAUCUCUUGUUGUUGAAGGGUUAAGAGAAUCCUCAGACCUGAAAAUACCAUAUUUCUGACUUGCUAUUGAUAAUUCAAUCUCAUUAAGGUUUUUGGCAUAACUGUUGCUUUUGUCUAAAUCUGGAGAUGUCAACACUACACCUCUUGAAGAAAAACACUUUAUAGCCUUAAAGAUGAAAGUGCUUGGGCAGGAGAAGAGCACUAUGCCUAAAGCAGUAGUUGUGAAUAUGUUGCGUUACUGUAAUUGUUCUCAAACUUGUGGUUCAUCGACCAUCAACGUUCUGUGGAGUUUUUCCUGGUGGUUCACAGACUGAAGAGAUAAGAGAACCAAGCCAUGAAGAACUGGUGUUUUAGUAGGGGAUGUGGUCCCUGAGAAAAUUUCAGUUCUCCCCCUAAUGCAAGUCCUUAUAUUUCCUAUCCACAGAACUCCAUGUAUUACAAAGUUGGGUAUCCAUUGUUACCCAUUUCACAGAUGGGGAAAACUGAGGCUAUGUCUAAAUUACACCCCUCUGUCGGCAGAGGGAUGUAAAUUAGAUAUUUCAAAAAUGCAAAUGAAGCGGGGUUUU